CGGAACAAUACCACUCGAAGUGAUUCAGACAUUGGCAACCGGUCCUUCGUUGCUAGCCUUUUGGCCUCCUUUUUGCUGCACUGUCAGGUAUAAGUUGUUUUGCAUCCCCAUACUUUUCCAGCGAAUCAAGAACCAACAGGUACCUCCUCUCAAAACCUUGAGCUGGAAAAGCGAAGACACCUACUUGACAUACUAUAGCUGCGCAGAAAGGAGUCAAGCAAACCUAAGGCUAAACGUCUAGGAGACCAUGUCGGUAACCGUGGAGGAGCCACAAAGGGGCCCAGAAGAGCCGUCUAAGCUCAGGGACACUGCCAAAGAAACAUCCGAACAGGAACCUGACAACGUAGACAACAAUGCCGACGUCAAAAAAGCUACCGAACCAACGCAAUAUGGGCAAAACGACAAGCGUGACCGCGGCGCCCCCAGAAUCGUCAUGGCCUACAUCCCAGCCUCCGCCCCGGCUUCACCCAUUCCGUCACACAAUACCCCAGCCCCUGGUCGCAAAACCCCAGAGGCAUCUAACGGCGGAGGUCGCCCUGUAACUCCCAACUUGACGGCAAAGCUCAACCAAGCUAUUCACGAAUAUCGCGCUCGGGAAGAGAGAGUCGGCGAUCUAGGCCAGCCGGACGACGAAGGCUAUGAGGGAGACACGAAUUCCCCGGGCGCGCAUCAAGGAUGCUGUGACCACGACCACGAGCAUUACCAUGUUGCUCAUAGGGACGAGCAAUACUCCCCUGUAUAUCAGCAGCAGUACUGCAAUGGCCACACGCCUCCCUUCAACGCGCCAUGGGGCUGGACUCCUUACCAUCCAGCUUUCAGCCCUCCCCUUAACAUGCAGCCUCCUUUCCGGCCGCCUUUCCAGCAUCAACAGCAGAACUACGCUAAUCCUCACCACCAACCUACUACUCCUUCUACUUAUCACCCUCCUAGCUUUCCUUUCCCCUACCAUCCUCACCCUUAUCACUUCCCCCAUCCCUACCAACCCAUGCAUCAUCAUCAGCACUUCUCUAUCCCCCCUCCCCCUCCCCCUCACCUCUUUGCCCCUCCUCCCCCUACCCACCCCUCUGAUCCACGCAUCAGUCCACCCCAUUUCCACCCUGUUUCUCCCUACGCCUCUUCACUUCCAGCUUACCCCACGCCCUUCCCACCCCAAAACUUUCAGCAUCCCCAACCCCAAGAUCCCCACGUCACCGAGUUGACUCAGCGCCUCCAAAACAUCCAAGCCCAGCUCAACGGUCUCGACGCCGCCCACGAAGUCGAGAUCUGGCGCCACGGCAAGUACAACUUCCACCGCCGCCGCGCUAAGCAACUCCGUAAGAUCAAGAGGGAGAAGGUGGAGGAGAUGGUGACCGUGGUUAGGGAGUUGAGAGCUUUGGGCGUUAGUGGUGGUCAAUUUGGGGGUAGGCAAUACCCUCUCCAUAUGCAGCCCCAGGGUCAACAAGAGACGCAGGGGAUGUGUUGGACGCCGCGGGGCUCGGGUUACGGAGCUGAAUUUGAACAGGGAUGGGGUUAUGGACAGGAGACUGGAUACUGGCCCGGAUAUGGACAUGAACAUGAGCAUUCUUGGUUUGGAGAGGGACAUGGACACGGACAAGCGGGUUCAUGGUCGGAGAUGGAACAGGACGGAGGACGCUGCGGUUGCAGUGAUGACGGCGCUUACGUCGAUUCUCCGAGGGAGAGGGAUAGCGCCUUUGAGAGCAUGGCGUGCGAGUGCGGAUGCACCACGAUCGAUGGUGAAGCAGGCCCCGAGGGCGAGUCGAGUGAAGCUUUACCUCCCCCUUCCCCGGCCUCUUCUAAGCAAACCAGUACCGGUAUCACAGCCGGUGAUGUCGUCACGCCAGGCGGAACCAGAGCUCGCGCCUUGUCGCUUGAUGGCAUGAGAGAGCAGGUCGAAGCCGUUGAGAGUCAUGGGCAGCAACAUGGCGACGCCAACGAGAACGAGCAGGGCGAAAGCGUUGAGAAGAACAGCAGCCGUGAGCGUGCCGGUUCCUGGUCGGACGCAGAAGCCGUCAUCUCUGAAGAGCUUCGGGGUAUAUGGCGCAAGAAGAUGAGCGAGUGAGGAAGGGUUGAAGUAAUUAGCGAGCGGGAGACAGUCAUGGUCUGAAUAAGCGUUUGCUUUGGCAUUGGCGUUUGAGAGAAAGAAGAAACAAACAUGAGCGAAAACAGUCCGGUUAACAAAGAACCAUAGAGGUAGUUACCCAGCGAAUCGCAUAUAGAUCUGAAAAAGAAGACAAUGAAAUUUACAAGUCUAACAGCGACAUAGGGUAUGAUGGCUACCCUGUUCUUCGUUCCCUGAGAGUCAGUCAGUCUGAACGAUGUUGGAGACAUAUCGACGAGAGGCAAGAGGUCAAGACAUGUGGUGGCUCCUGUGAUUUGA